CCAGGGCAAAUCUCAUUAGACACCAGGGAAAUGGGCUUAUAUUCAACUCCAGAGGAAACAAACCAUCUGGAAAAUUUGAAUGAAAUGUUUAUUGCUUUUGCUUCUUUAUUCUUCAUCUUAGUCUCAAUCACAACCUUUUGCCUGGAAACACAUGAGGCUUUCAAUACUAUUAUAAACAAAACCGAGCAGGUCGUCAAUGGGACAGAAGCCAUUCUACAGUAUGAAAUUGAGACAGAUCCGGCUCUGACGUACGUGGAAGGAGUCUGCGUGGUGUGGUUUACAUUUGAAUUUUUAGUCCGCGUUAUUUUUUCCCCAAACAAACUUGAAUUCAUCAAAAACCUGCUGAAUAUCAUUGACUUUGUGGCCAUCCUGCCCUUCUACCUAGAAGUGGGCCUGAGCGGGCUCUCCUCCAAAGCUGCUAAGGACGUGCUUGGUUUCCUCAGGGUGGUAAGGUUUGUGAGAAUCCUGCGCAUCUUCAAGCUCACCCGGCACUUUGUGGGCCUCCGGGUGCUGGGCCACACUCUGCGAGCCAGCACCAAUGAGUUUUUGCUGCUGAUAAUAUUCCUGGCACUAGGUGUUUUGAUAUUUGCCACCAUGAUCUACUACGCGGAGCGUGUGGGCGCCCAGCCCAACGACCCCUCAGCGAGCGAACACACACAGUUCAAAAAUAUCCCCAUCGGCUUCUGGUGGGCCGUGGUCACCAUGACCACCCUGGGGUACGGGGAUAUGUAUCCGCGGACCUGGUCGGGCAUGCUGGUGGGGGCCUUGUGCGCUUUGGCUGGGGUGCUGACCAUAGCCAUGCCCGUGCCUGUUAUCGUUAACAAUUUCGGAAUGUACUACUCCCUCGCGAUGGCAAAGCAGAAACUGCCGAGGAAGCGGAAGAAGCACAUCCCUCCGGCCCCUCAAGCCAGCUCCCCCACGUUCUGCAAGACGGACUUGAACAUGGCCUGCAAUAGCACGCAGGGGGACAUCUGCCUGGGCAAGGACAACCAGCUGAUGGAGCACAACAGGUCAUCAGCCACCGUGUCCCACCCUGUUGAAUUCCAUGGUGUUUUGCCUCAGUGUCUGUCUCUUGUAUCAGCUUUGCCUAUGCCACAUAGUGGGCUGUUAAACAAGAUCCUAAAAAGAAGCAGCCACUUACAAGGAACAGUGUUAUCAGGUGAAGACAGUGCAGGAAGUGAGCAGCCACUCUCACCUGGUGAAAGGCUCCCUCCCAUCAGACGCUCUAGUACCAGAGACAAAAACAGAAGAGGGGGAACAUGUUUCCUACUGACAACAGGUGAUUACACGUGUGCUACUGAUGGAGGGAUCAGGAAAGAUAACUGCAAAGAGGUUGUCAUUACUGGUUACACGCAAGCAGAAGCCAGAUCUCUUUCUUAAUGGCUUGGGGAAGGCACAAAACAUGCAAGAAAGUGUUGUACAGAAUUUAUCAUGGAUUUUUGACUGCUGAAAAAGGGACAAUGGAAUUUAGCCAUACCAAGGACUGUACUGGAAAGAGACUCCUGCUGCUGAAUGGGCCCUGAUUAACAGCUCACACCCUGAGGAGGUCACUGAGACUUUACAUGGGAAGUAGACCUUGUGAAGGAAGAUUAAAGAUCGCUCAUGAUUACUGCUGCCAGAGGAAGGGGUGCCUAGUCACUGUUGAGUCAGCUGUAAAUAAAAUGUGUGUGCAUGGAAUAUCAGUUUUUAUCUAUAUCAAGGAAAGCUGAGUUCAAGUCAUCAUUGCUAAGGCUCCAUGCAAAGACCCACACCCCUAUGUAUAUCCUUCCUGGUUCCCGCAGUAAGUUGUGCUGUGGAUCAUACAAAGACACAUGCCUCCAAUGAUAGUGAUGUAAACUACAUCUGUCUUGACUUGCAUCAUAAUAAUGGUAUAUUUUGCAAAAGUCACAAAUAUGGACAGAGUAUGUUUGCAUAAAUCUUUGCUUCCUCCGUUUGCCAUGAUCUAUAUUUAUAUGAAUUCUAGCGUACCUGCCAAAUCUUAAAUUUACUCUUCACUUUGAUAAGAGAAAUGUGACUGCAGACAAACAUCACUGACUUUGUUCACAGCACACAGUCUUUUUUCAUUGUUACCUCAGACUAUAGUAUUAUGAGAAAUAAAAAUCUGGCAGCAAGAAUUUCUUUUUUUAUUAAAAGUGUUGCAAACCCAACAUCAGUAAGUAUGUAAGAUGUAUUAAAAUAAUAUCCGAAAAAAUGUAUAUUUUACAUAAAAGAGAUAUUCUUUGAUCAGUUACUUUUUGUGAUUUUUGUGGUAAAUGGAACCAGUCUAUUCUAUGUUUAUGAAGCAUUGUAGUGGUACGAUGUGAUAAUUGCGCUCUCUCCAUCCUAUUCAAUGAGAAAUUCUCCAGAAUUUGUUUGUCACCCUGGUGUCCCGAUUGCGGGGACACAUCCCAGUUGUGAAACUCUGUAUCGUGGAACUUCUGUGAACAUGUCAAGGUGCAUGCACAAUCCUGGUGGAAGCCAGUGGAAAUGUACUAUCUAUCUGAAUUGGAGAAUAAAAGGCGAAAGAUCUGGGGAGGAACUUGGAACAUA